CGCUUAUAUAUUCCACCACAAAGCCGCCUUGGGGAAGUCUCAAGUUCGUCAGGAAAGAUAAGUAGCAUUCUCCUUUGCCAUCCACUCCCAACCUUGCACUUCGCUCUUUUCCAUGACGAGCUCGACAGGCUUAUUCUCUGGCUACUCAAGAAGCAGCGCACUAACGAUAAAGGCCGGUAUAAGUGAAACGUACAAAAUAUUCCGCUCUAUCCUGGACGACCUUCAAGCUCUGCAGGACGAAAUGAAUGCUGAGUCAGACUCGGAGUACGCAUCUCGACUGGGCCGGUUACUAUCUGAUUGGAAAGGCAUUUCUAAGACAUACACUCUAAUGUUAUGGCAAGCUCGUUAUGUUGCUUCCCGUGCAAGAGUGGCAUCUGAAGAGUUUCUUACAUCUACCUAUGCAAUCGAUUCAACAAUGAAUCCAGCAUCAUUCCGCCCUGAUCUUGGUAAUUACAGUAUGACGGACCUACAAGUAUCUUCAAGGGAAAUCAUUGACGAACUUACGGCGUUGAGCACGCAUGUCGAUGACUUCUACAACACUUUCAGUCAGAUCUGGCCAGAUGAGCACCUCAAUUCCCCGCAUGAAACAUAUUCAACGUUUCUGGGAAAGUCUCCUGUAACGAGACUUUGCAAGUCUAUCCGCGAGCUACACCUUCAGCUGUUGUCUAUGUUAAAUAGAAUUCGCCGGGUGUCUAUGAUCUGUGUCGAAGGCGGAGCAAAUGCGAUAUCUUUGGAUCUGGACUUUAGUUUCCGCAAUGCCCAAGCAGAAAAUGUUGGUGGAGGCGAAAGGUUCUAUGUCGCACCACAGUCCCCUGCAUUUGCAGAAAUCACCUCUCACCUCUCGAUCGUCCUGUCAAUAUGGGCGGCGGUUCAAGCUGACCUUGAUUUCGUCAACAAGUCGUACUUGAAUGCCAUGUGUACUACAAUAGAACCACAUAUGGACCCCGUAUUCAUGGAGCGUAUUCGCAUGUGCCGCAACAUGUAUUCUUCAUUGUCAAUCAGGUUUCUUGACUUUGAAGCUGGAGUUCGCGAUGACACACCUAUCCUGAAGAGACGAGUUCCAUGACACAUGUAACAUUCAUACGGGAUACAUCAUCAAGUACAUGUCUAUAUACCUCAAACGGCAGCAUCACUCGAACAUGACAUCAGAGUCCUUAGAAGACUUCUGCGAGUGGGUUACUUAUCUAUAACGAUCAGGAUACUGAGCCAGCGCAGAUGAACACUCAUCCAAGAAUAUUCGGAGAUCGAAAACGUCGUCCGAAAGUUCCUGGCGAUAUAGUAAAAAUGCCGCUGACUGAUUAAUCAUUCACAACUCACAACGUGCUGUUGCUGAACGGAAUCCGAAAUCUCUUUUAGGGCAGUUAGGACCUGGACGUCAUCCCUCAGUAUCCAGUCAUAGAUCUUAACCUUCAAUGCUAUCGCAUACCUUUUGGUUC